CAGGCACUGUAUAAAAGAAGCUGCCUUGAGAUUUCUAAAAUUCAUACAAAAACUUUCUAGGUAAGGAAACUUACCAGAUUUGGCACCUGAUCUUCAGUGAUGGACCCAGAAGCAACGUCAGUUGAUUCGGAUUAUUUCUACUACGUUACAAGCCAAAGCCCUGAUGCUGAGGAGACCCGCUCCCACACUCUUUAUACAUCAGUCUUCCUUCCCAUCUUUUACACAGCCGUGUUCCUGAUUGGAGUGCUGGGGAACCUCGUCCUCAUGAGUGCGUUGCAUUUCAAACGGGGCAGCCGAAGGCUGAUCGACAUCUUUAUCAUGAACCUGGCUGCCUCCGACUUUAUUUUCCUGGUCACAUUGCCUCUCUGGGUGGAUAAAGAAGCGUCUUUAGGACUGUGGAGAACGGGCUCUUUCCUGUGCAAAGGCAGCUCCUACAUGAUCUCGGUCAACAUGCACUGCAGUGUCUUCUUGCUCACGUGCAUGAGUGUUGACCGCUACCUGGCCAUCGUGUGUCCCACCAUCUCUAGGAAAUUCAGAAGGAGAGACUGUGCAUACAUAGUCUGUGCCAGUGUCUGGUUUAUCUCCGGCCUCCUGGGGUUGCCUACCCUUCUGUCCAGGGAGCUCACCCUGAUUGGUGAUAAACCAUACUGUGCAGAGAAGAGGGCUACUUCAGUUAAACUGGCUUGGGCCCUGGUGGGCUUGAUUUUUACCUUUUUUGCCCCUUUGGUGAGCAUCGUGUCUUGCUACUGUUGCAUCACAAGGAAGCUGUAUGCCCAUUACCAGCAGUCAGGAAAGCAUAACAAAAAGCUGAAGAAAUCCAUAAAGAUCAUCUUUAUUGUCGUGGCAGCCUUCGUCAUCUCCUGGCUGCCCUUUAAUACUUUCAAGCUCCUGGCCAUUGUCUCUGGGUUGCAGCAAGAGCUCUAUUUUUCCUCAGAGGUUCUCCAGCUGGGCAUGGAGGUGAGUGGGCCCUUGGCAUUUGCCAACAGCUGUGUCAACCCUUUCAUUUACUAUAUCUUUGACAGCUACAUCCGCCGGGCCGUUGGGCAUUGCCUGUGCCCUUGCCUGAAGAACUAUGACUUUGGGAGCAGCACCGAGACAUCAGAUAGUCCCCUCACUAAGGCUGUCUCCAACUUCAUUCAUACAGAGGAUUUUACCAGAAGGAGAAAGAGGUCUGUGUCACUCUAAAUGGGUGACAUUUCAAGCUCUGUUGGUGGAUCAGCAAGUUAAUGUGGGUCAGCGACAAAGAAAGAAGAAAAGUAUUGCUGAAAGUAUUUCUAUUGCUUCAUACAUACAAGGAAGAGUGCAUUUUAAAAGAGAGGACUGAAAAGUCCCUGUGUUUGUGGAUAUAAUUAGGCUGUAUGCUGUUUUUUGAGCUGAAUGGCCUUAUUUGACCCUUGCAAUCAAGGUCACUGGGCAAAAUACAACUCCUAUAUGUCCUUGAACUCUGAGAUAAAGGCUCCUGCUUGGACCAGAUCCUUUCUUUAUGGUUGUUAAUGCACAAUCAGGCCCUUUCCUCUCUCAAGAACCAUGGUACCUGAUCCACACCACCCUUCAUACUGGGCUCCAAAUUGGACUACAUUUAAAGGACUCUACCCACUUUUGUCUGGUGAGAAAUGUGGUGAUAAUGCACGUAGCAAAAAAUAUACCUCUGCUCUGUAAUUAAUUGUUCCUGGGUAACAAAGUGAGGUUCUGGCCUUGAUCUUUAACACUUUGUAUGGGGAUUCUUGCCAUCUUCCACCCUAUGUCAUUCACAAUAACUUUGGACUGGCAAAAGCUCAUGGGGAUAAAAUCAUUUUGUAUUGUAUUUAUGAUUUUGGACUUUCUUUAUCACCUGGUCUUAUAGACUAUUUUAACAAGAAAGCAUAGGGCAAGUUUUGACCUUUAUUUUCCUUAUAUUGGUAAAAAUGUAUCUCAUUAUAAUGAUGUAGUAAUGACUUUUCAAUGGUGUUUUACUAUGCUCUUUUGUUUUACUUGCCUUAUAAAUUAGGAUAUGACUUUGCUUUAAUUACAUGUAUUUAAUUACCCAGCUAUCUAGUUAUCAAAUGAAAAUGUUAUUACUAAUAUAAUUAGAGGUCAUCAAAUGCUUAGUUAUGCCCUUGUACAGAUUAUCAUUUUGUAUUUUAAUUAAAAUGCUAGUGUCACACAUUCCCCAUAACAUCAUUUGCUCAGCGUAUAUAAUUUCAAGAUUUGAUCCAGUAAUAUAGGAAGUCAGGGUGCCCUGUAUUCAGCUAAAGUGAAAAAUCCAUAACAAAGAUGAUACUGGUAUUUUUAUAUACAUUUUUCCAAACCCAGAGACCUUCUUGAAUUCCUUCACCCAAUACAUAUUUAUUGAGUUGACUUGUACCUACUAUUCCUUUUAAAGACUUUGAAGUGAAAAACAUGUAAUUAGCAGUAACCACAAAAGGAUUUGCAGCAACAAACAUAAUUAUUGUAAACAUCUUUUGAUUCAAGAGAACAUGGGGUAUGUUUUUACACUAACUGUUAACUCAAAUGAAUUACUAUUUUACUUCUAACUAUUAGGUUUGAAAAUCAGAGAAAGCUUAGAACUUUUUUCAGAGACUAAGUAAUUGAAGUAAGUUCAUUCUAUGUUAUCUUUCACAUUAGGAAAAAUCUCAA